CCCCAGGAGCCGCUGCCUAAGCACGCAGGCCCGGCGUGCGAAAAAAAACGACCCGGGGAGACGGUGGAGAGGAGACGGGAGCGCAGCUGCAAAGAGGAGAGCCGGUUUCAGGGGCUCCCCGGCCUGGUCCCCGGGGGCUGGGAGGAGCGGCUGGGCGGGCUUCCCCGGCAGGGGUCGCUACGUCGGCACGGCCGGCCUGCUUUCCUCCCUCCGGUGGGCGGGCUGAGUACCUCCCCGCCCGCCGCCCCACAAGCAGCCGGAGGGCGCCGCGGCAGCCGAAGCGCGAUCGAUGCCGGGAGCGCGGAGGAGAAGGCGGCGGCGCUGCUGAGAGGGGGGGCGGCCCCGCCCGGAGAUGGGGAUUCUCAGCAUCACGGACCAGCCUCCUCUGGUCCAAGCCAUUUUUAACCGUGAUAUAGAGGAGGUACGGUCAUUACUGAGUCAGAAGGAGAAUAUCAAUGUGUUGGACCAAGAGAGACGAACCCCUUUGCACGCAGCUGCAUACUUAGGGGACACCUCUAUAGUUGAACUCCUAAUACUAUCAGGUGCUAACGUCAAUGCAAAGGACACUCUUUGGCUAACCCCGUUACACCGUGCUGCGGCUUCUCGUAAUGAGAAAGCACUUAACCUCCUCCUAAAGCACUCAGCAGACAUCAAUGCUCGUGACAAGUAUUGGCAAACACCACUGCAUGUUGCUGCUGCCAACAGAGCUACCAAGUGUGCUGAGACCAUCAUCCCGCUGCUUAGUAAUGUUAAUGUGGCAGACCGCACUGGCCGCACAGCACUGCACCAUGCUGUACACAGUGGGCACCUUGAGAUGGUAAACUUGCUCUUAAAUAGAGGGGCCAAUCUGAGCACAUGUGACAAGAAGGAGAGACAGCCAAUACAUUGGGCAGCCUUUCUGGGGCAUUUGGAAGUCUUGAAGCUACUGGUAGCCCGUGGAGCUGACAUCACGUGCAAAGACAAAAAGGGUUACACACUGCUGCACACAGCAGCAGCCAGCGGCCAGAUUGAAGUUGUGAAACAUCUGCUGAGGCUUGGAGUUGAGAUUGAUGAACCAAAUUCCUUUGGCAACACUGCACUUCACAUUGCCUGUUACAUGGGCCAGGAUGCCGUGGCAAAUGAACUGGUCAACUAUGGCGCCAAUGUCAAUCAGCCCAAUGAAAAGGGCUUUACCCCUCUGCACUUUGCUGCCGUCUCCACCAACGGAGCCCUGUGCCUGGAACUUCUUGUCAAUAAUGGAGCUGAUGUGAACUUUCAGAGUAAAGAAGGGAAGAGUCCUUUGCACAUGGCUGCCAUUCAUGGACGGUUUACACGGUCUCAGAUUCUCAUACAAAAUGGCAGUGAGAUUGACUGCGCUGACAAAUAUGGCAAUACCCCCCUCCACGUUGCUGCUAGAUAUGGCCACGAGCUGCUAAUUAGUACUUUGAUGACGAAUGGUGCUGACACUGCAAGGCGUGGGAUCCAUGACAUGUUCCCUCUGCACUUAGCUGUUCUCUUUGGAUUCUCAGACUGUUGUCGUAAGCUACUUUCCUCAGGUCAGUUGUACAGCAUUGUCUCCUCACUCAGCAACGAGCAUGUGCUGUCUGCAGGCUUUGAUAUCAAUACGCCAGAUAACCUCGGGAGGACCUGCCUCCAUGCUGCUGCUUCCGGAGGGAAUGUUGAAUGUCUUAACUUGCUGUUGAGCAGCGGAGCUGACUUGAGGAGGAGAGAUAAGUUUGGAAGGACUCCUUUGCACUAUGCAGCCGCGAAUGGCAGCUAUCAGUGUACGGUGACACUAGUCACUGCCGGAGCCAGUAUUAAUGAAGCUGACUGUAAAGGCUGCACCCCCUUACAUUAUGCUGCUGCUUCAGACACUUACAGGAGAGCUGAGACUCAUUCAGGAAACAGCCAUGACACUGAUGAAGAGCCACUGAAAGAGUCACGACUGAAGGAGGCCAUCUUUUGUUUAGAGUUCUUACUGGAUAAUGGUGCUGACCCCUCUCUCCGAGACAAACAGGGAUACACUGCUGUCCAUUAUGCAGCUGCCUAUGGCAACCGACAGAACCUUGAGUUGCUCCUGGAAAUGUCGUUUAACUGCCUGGACGAUGUGGAAAGCACCAUUCCAGUCAGCCCUUUGCACUUAGCUGCCUAUAAUGGUCACUGUGAAGCCCUGAAGACGCUUGCCGAAACCCUGGUGAACCUGGAUGUGCGGGACCACAAAGGGCGGACGGCUUUGUAUCUUGCCACGGAGAGGGGCUCUACGGAGUGCGUGGAGGUGCUCACCAGCCAUGGUGCUUCUGCUCUUGUGAAGGAGAAAAAGAAGAAGUGGACACCCCUCCAUGCUGCUGCUGCCUAUGGGAACACAGAUUCCUUGCAUCUUCUCAUUGAUAGUGGGGAGAGAGUCGACAUCACUGAUGUCAUGGACAUCCAUGGACAGACCCCAUUGAUGUUGGCAAUCAUGAAUGGCCAUGUAGAUUGUGUCCAUCUCUUACUAGAGAAGGGAUCCACAGUGGAUGCAGCAGACAGAAGAGGCAGGACUGCGCUGCACCGAGGGGCUGUUACUGGCUGUGAAGACUGCCUUGCAGCACUGCUGGACCAUGAUGCCUUUGUAUUGUGUCGGGAUUUCAAGGGCCGGACCCCGAUCCAUUUUGCCUCGGUGUGUGGGCAUUCUGAAAUCCUGAGGACCUUGCUGCAGGCAGCGCUCUCUACUGACCCUCUGGACUCUGUAGUGGACUAUAGUGGCUAUUCACCAAUGCACUGGGCUUCGUACAGUGGGCAUGAAGAUUGUCUUGAAUUGUUACUUGAACACAAUCCAUUUGCAUACCUAGAAGGAAACCCCUUUACUCCAUUGCACUGUGCAGUAAUUAACAACCAGGAUGGCACCGCUGAGAUGCUUGUUGAAACAUUGGGUGCCAAGAUUGUUAAUAGCAGAGAUGCCAAAGGAAGGACCCCCCUUCACGCUGCUGCCUUUGCAGACAACAUCCAUGGUUUACAAUUGCUUUUGCAACACCAGGCUGAGGUAGAUGGAACUGACCAAUUGGGGAGGACCCCUCUUAUGAUGGCUGCUGAAAAUGGCCAGACAGCAGCAGUUGAGUUCCUGCUGUACAGAGCAAAAGCAGAUCUAACUGUGCUGGAUGUCAACAAGAACACAGCUCUUCACCUGGCCUGCAGUAAGGGUCAUGAAAAGUGUGCCUUGUUGAUUCUGGGGGAAACCCAAGACCUUGGCCUUAUCAAUGCAACAAACAGUGCUCUACAGAUGCCACUCCAUAUUGCAGCUCGAAACGGAUUGGCCUCUGUUGUCCAGGCUCUGCUGAGCAGAGGUGCCACUGUGCUUGCUGUGGAUGAAGAAGGUAUGCAUCAUUCACAUCUGGAAGCUCAAGGCCAUACCCCAGCCUUGGCUUGUGCCCCCAACAAAGACGUUGCUGACUGCCUGGCACUUAUCCUUUCCACCAUGAAGCCUUUUCCACCUAAAGACGCCAUCAGCCCUUUCAGCUUCAACCUCCUCAAGAACUGCGGCAUUGCUGCCAAGACAGCCGCCUGCAGCUCCCUGCCCAACGGGAACAGCUGCCCCUACACCAAGGAUAGGCACAAUGCCAUCGGCUUAGAUGGCUGUUAUUCGGAAUAGCUUAAAAAAAAACAACAACGAUGAUGGGUGAUCUAGUAUCUCUUCUAUUUAUUUAGGAAUUCUAUCAAUAUAGGACACUUUAAAGGAGAACAAGACUGGGAAUGGGCCUUCUAAAAGGUCCUAGGAACCAAAAAAAAAAGGAAAGGAAAGGAAAGGAAAAAAAAAACCCUAGAGAAAGUGAUCUCAGCUUCUGCAUCCUACCUAGAUACUUGCUUUGACCACUAGCAUUUCUUUUGCUAUCAAAAUUAACAAAAGGAAGUGUGGGUUUUCGAACAUAUUCAUCCUUUUAAGACAUUUUUGUUUAAAAUUACUCUGUGAAGCUUUUAAAAAAAAAUCUGCUUGUAUUCUUCUUUCCCUUGCUGUUUGCCAAAGGGCUCAGUUCUUCUGAGUUCAAUGUUUUUUAAGCAACCCACAUUUUUUUCAGUCCAAAUUCCUUAAAGCUUGAUGCUUUGAGUGAAGAGCCAAUUCAAUUUGUUUCAUGCACGGGGUUGCGGCGGCAGCCAAAGGACCUGAAUUUGAUCAUCUGGAUCAUCAUCUUAACUGUGUCUCCCACACUUCCCCUCGGUCAGGCCACCUUAUCAUUUUGGGAUCAUUUUCUCUAUGCCCUCAGAGUAAAAAUAAUUCCGAGGGACCCAGCAGUGUAGGCAGGGAGCAGAAGCCUGAAUUGCUGCUGCUUUUUGUUUUGCAUUUUGAAAUCAGGACAGGGAGGACCGCCAAGAAGGGCAGCAGUUGCUGGCAAAGUGCCACUAUCAUUGCUUCUUCCCGUAUGGUAACGUUUGUUUGUUAGUUUGUUGUACUCGCCCUUUUUGAUUCCGGUGAAAAACACUUGAACUGAGGACUACUGUACUUGGAUACUCUGAUAUUUUAGGCAGCUCAUAGUCCCUUGCAUGCACCAUGGAUGCUGUUGCCCAACCAACGCGGUUCCUCUUUAAAAAAAAAAAAAACUUAACGUAUGCGCUGCCAGAAUUAUCCCAACCACAUCAGGCACUUUAGGGAUCUUCUAUUUUUGGAGGCUGGUUUUUUUUAUUUUUUUAUUUUUAUUUUAUUUUUUUGUGGUGGGGGAGAGGGAAGGUUAUCGGGGUUGCAAAACAUUGGAUCCCCAAAGAGAUUUUUUUUUUGUGGUUCCCCCUGCCCCCUCCCGUCUCUGUGUUGUGCAGCGUUUCCCAUUAGACAAGUCAGUGUUGCCUAAAGAAAUUAUUUAUAAAGAAGCAAGCAUUUUCUCUUUUGAAAAAUAGCAAAAAGGAAAAAAAAAAGGAAAAAAGCUUUCUGCAAGGAGAGAACAAUGCACUUCAGAAUCUUACAAUCCUACAUUUGUAUUUAUAAUUUUUCCAACUAGAAUAACAUCCAGCAGAUUUCAUUAGGGUGUGUGUGUGUCUGUCCGUCCAUCUAUGGGUGGGGCUCUAGUAUGAGUGCGUAUUUUUUAUUUUAAAAUUCCUAUUUAUUACACAUUUGAGCGUGUGCACUGUUUUUCUUUUUGUACUGUAAACUGUAUCAUGUGUAGAAACUAACAAAAAAAAAAGAUUAUAUCACAAAGUAUGUUCAAAGCCAAAGAUUGGGAUGUAGCAAUCAGAUGAAAGCUGCUGGGUCAAAACUUUAUGACUUAAUAAUCUUUUCCAUCGCUUUCCCAGUCCUGCAGAGCUGUGGUAGGCUUGGGACUGCGUUUAGCAGAACAUGUGAAUUUUCAGAAAGAAUUAUCCCAAGGCAUAGUCUGUUUGGACCAGCAAGCUUUAAGGCUAGUAACCCUGGGAAACAAACUGGCUUUUAUUUCCCCCCCAGGGUAUCUUCUUACAGACUAUCUUUGAUUGUUAAGGAGAAUAUAUGAGCCAGCUGUAGACUUGAAUUCUUUUGCAUCACCGUGCAUUUUACAUUUCGAACAAUGUAUAGGAAUUUAAAACCCAGAAUUUAAAUGGACAGGCAAGCUAUACCUCCUCUGCCCUGGCCUUUUCAUUACCAGAUUUAUGAUGCAGAGUGGACACCGAUGCAAUUGCUAGAGCCUUAUUUGUUUGCAUUGACUGGUUUUCCAAAAAUAGAAAUAGAAGAAUCGGAAACGGCCAAUUUAGAGAGUGCGGCUAAUGGCUAGAUCUUUCAAAGAGGAGAGUUGAAUCGGGAAGUGAGAAAAGAUUGCAAUGAAACAAUAAGUGUAGACAAGACACAAAUCCCUUCCUUUUGGCACUGUUUGAAUUUACCAAAGCCAAAUUCCUACAGCCAAAUGACACAGCCACUAUCUUGCCCUUUGCCAAACAGUGCAUUUUUAAAAGGAUACGAUCACUUUGUUUUUCUUCUCUUUUUAUGGAGCCUUCCACUGCCUCCAUCCCUUCACACCCAGCCUCCCUCCCCCUUCCCCCCCAUGGGCUUUGUCUCAGAGAUUUAUUAGAGAUUUAUUACACGUCAUUUGGGAUCAGUACUUCUAAGCAUUUGCUGAAUUACUUUGUUUGUUUCCUGCAUAUGGAUAGAUUGCAAAAAAAUAAAAUAAAAAUGGGGGCCUUAAAGGUAGUGAAUUCUAGUCUUCAAACAAACCUAACAAUGUCCUUCGACUAAGCCUUCUUCAGAGACUAGGGCGCUACUAGCUUAGCUGUUUCUUCUUUCUUUGAUGCCCAAGGAAUCUUAAGAAAUCUUUUCAUUUUUGCAGCUGCCGGGUAAUGAGCAUAUUAAAAUUUUCAAUGCACUUGCCAAAAAAGCACAGCGGACAGCCUGUUGCAGAUUGGCCAUUAACGUUUUUCACUGCACUAUGGUUGGGUUACUUUUCUCUGCCCUCGGUUACUCCUCAUUCUCUACCUUGAAAGAAAGUGUUAACCUUUCUACACCAAAUACCUCACUGUUGGAAUAGAAAUGAACAAAACUUGAAGACUCCUCUUCUCCCCUGUCCCCCACUUUUUGAUGAGAAAGGUCCUUUUCGGCAUCCUGUAGAUGGAGAGCUGAAAACAAAACAAAAACAAACAAAACAAACCACUUGUUUACAUUUUAUUAGGUACUAGCAAUUUACUUUUCAAAUUGCCUAAUUUUAUUUUUAGCCUUCUAAGCGCAAUCCUUUUGGGGUGGGGGCUCCCCCCCACAGAAGGGCAAAGAGGACAUAAGUUGGGAGGGCCAAAGUAAGUCUGAAGCCACUCUUGGUCAUUGUUUGAUUUCUUUUCAAGGGCUAAAUGAAUAAUCCUCUAAAGGCAGAAACUGGAUUGAGACAUUUGUAGGGAAAUGGGUGGGGGAGAUCCAGUGUUUCUUGCAGCGCUGAGAACUAGGAGGCCUUCAGGUAUUCUGUCUCUUCCCACAGGUGCAAUGGUUUAAACCAGGGGAGGGGGGGGUGUCCAACCUUGGCAACUUUUAGGACUUGUGGACUUCAACUCCCAGAAUUCCUCAGCCAAUUCUGGGAGUUGAAGUCCAAGCCAUGUCUUUGUGGCCUAGAGGAAUGUGGACUCAUUGAGAAAUCCUAGCGCCUUUUGUUCUUUUAGGAGAGAAAAACCCAUUUUUCCCCCUUUUACUCCUGUGUAUUGAAUUGUAGUUGCUUCUGUAGCAGUUUUGGGGAAUGAAUAUAGCUUGAAUGGUUCACAAUUUCUACAAGAGGUCUUGAACCAAGGAGGUGAAGCUUCCAUGGACCACAGUCCUUAGAGAGCAGAAAUGCUCCCUUCUCAGUUUUUCUGUUUUAUUGUUUUUAAAAAAGCAGGAAUGAAAUUUGAAGGAAGGGGCAGAAGCUGAGAUACAAUCAGCGUUCUGAGAUAAGUUUUAGAAUAAGGGAAUUUCCUAACCCUACUGCCAGAUGAAUUGGGCCUGCAUCAAUUUUAUUUCUUAUAUUACCUCUUUAUAUUAGAACUGUCAUCGGUUUGUGCAGAACUUCUUUUGCUGAACUGAUGAAAAAUAAUCAGGCAGGAUCGUCUUUUUAAUUGCAUUCUUGCAAAAAAAAAAAAAAAAAAGGCAUUCCCUUUCUUACAUUUCACCCUAAAAAUGGAAGAUAUGACAAUCAAUGUGAUCUUUUUAAGGGCUUCAGCGUACUUAGCUCUGUAGCAUCGCACAUUAUUAUAUUUUUAGUGUUCCAUUUAACUUUUUCCUUUUCCUUAAAAACAAUGACAAAGAAAAAAAAAUGGAGUGGAAACAAUUCCAGCAGCGCAUAUCUAAAUUAAUAUAUUUUGUUGCUUUUUUAAAAAACAACACAAAACAAAGAAAUGGAGGCAGCAGUUGGGUUGGGUGUAAAGAAAUGUGGCCAGCUCUGUUUUAGUUGCCAGUCUUGUUCUCCUUUAAUGCUGUAACAUGUACAUUUUGACAGCACAGCUUGACAGUUUUAAGUAAUAAUUCAAAUGUCUGGUGGUAAUAACUUGCAUUAUUGUGCUAAGAUGAGAGUUGGUUUUCCCUGGGUGCAUUGCAAAAGAGGGCUGGAGGCAAACUUCCUUUUUUACUUCCUCUCUUUUCUCCCACCACCCCUUCCCUCCAGUAUUCUGCAAGCACAUUUGACUUCCUGGUGUGCAGUAUUUUACACAGGGUUGGGAGGAAACCCGGGAGUGGGGCAGAAGAGGAUCUUGGCUUACGGCGUCUUUCUGUUGCCAUCUUCCUUAGGAAUGGCAUAAAAAUCUAUUUUAACCGUGCAUCCUUCUUUGCAUCUUAGAAGACCCUGCUCCUAAUAUUUCUGGAUGGUGUUGUUUUUUUUUCCUCCUUUUCACUCGUCUCAAAAAGCAAUCAAGGAGCUUCCCUUCUUAACCAAUCCAAAUAAGGAAGUUUUUCUCCAACCACCUUUCUCCGAAGCACUUGCUUUACAAGUUUAAAAAAAAAAAAAGCACUUUUGUUUAAAAGCAUGAGGGUCUCAUUCCCACUUUUAUAGCAACCUAUAGGAGAAAGGCCAGCAAGGGAAUAAUACGGGAUCAGGAAAAGCCUAUUUUCCUUUUCGUCCCUCCCCCCACUUUUUUUUUAAAUUUUAUUUUUUUAUUUUUUGGUCUAUGUUGGGUGGGAGGUGGGUGGAGAAUUCUUUUAAUUUACUUCAGGGCUCUAGAGUCAUGGUUCUAGGGUUCAGAGAAUUAGAACAAAGGGAAGUUGUGUUUUAAAAAAUAAACAGCACAAAUACAUUUCAGCUUGACAAGUGUAUUUGCACUGCCAUUGUUAGAUAAAUGGGCCUUCCACUGGGAGCCCAGCUGAGCCAUAUAACUAUUGACAAACACUGAAUGUAAAUGUCCUUGUAGUGGGCAAGUACUGAGAAGCGAUAAAUUGAUCAUAUAUUCCUAAGUGGGCACUUCAGCGAAUUUAAAAUAAUUGAUCCUGAUAAAAUGAUGAUGCUGUUCCUUUUUUUUCUAAAAAUGACUUUAUUUUGUUUACUUUUCCCCAGAGGUUGCUGGAGCUUAAGAAAACCCAUUUGUAGCAUUGCUAUUGUUCAUUACUUCUACAUUUAUUUGUCCUCUUUCCCCUACCCUGCUGCCCAAGGAGUUCAAAAUCAUGGGAUAUAGACAUCCCCCUCUAAUAAUUCUAAAGAGCUGUAAUGUAAAAAAAUAAUAAUGAAUUUACAGGAUUGGAAUCUGUGUCCCUGAAAGUGAUUUGUAGAUUAGCACCCACAACCCUUGUAUAUUACUCUAGCCUGGUUUCUUGGUUCGGUGCAGUGGAUUACCAAAGGGGCCUGCUUUUGGCCAGCUUCUGUACAGGUCAAACACGCAAGAGACUUUGAAUCUCCUUUAGGGCUAAUGCUCACUUUGUAUUGAGAGCUAGAUCCAAACAUUUGGCCUCCUUCUGGUAGGAAUGUGAUAGGAUAGGAAUGUCCUUUAUCCAAGGACCUGUCAGAAUACCUUGCAGGUGAGGCAAAUUGGGGUGGAAAGAUUUCUCUAACGACAGGAAGUUUUAAACUCCAGCCUGCAUAAGGUAUUCUGGCAUAGCUAUGAACCUUAAUGUGAGCAAUCGUCUUCUUUAAAAAAAAAAUCAGUUAUUAAAACAAAUAUCCAAGCAAGUAACCUCCCUUCCUCUCCUUGCUGAGUAUUGGAAAGUAUAUUUAUAUAUCCCAUAUUUAACUCUCCUUCUCUCUCAUUACUCCACGUAUUUUUCUCAAAAACGUUUUCCAUGUCAAAUUGUGGUGUGAUUCCGUUCUGAUUAGCUAUUCGCCCAAUAGUGCCAAAGAGAUGAUGAGAUUAGGAAGGUGGUGGAGAGAGAUUCGGUGAUCUUUCAUAGCAUACUUGGCUUUUUAAAAACAAAUUAUUUAACCUCUAAGCUCAGUUCAGCUUGGCCUUGAGCAUAUUUUUAUGUGCAGGGAAAUGGUGGGGAGUCGGGAGAGGAACCACCAUCCGUAUUGGAAAUGUAAAUGUGAAAACCUUGAAUUGUUUCAUUGCUUUAAACCUUCUCUUGGUGGAUUUUUUUUUUUUGUAAAUGGGUGCUUCAGUAUCAAGCAUGUAGCAUUUGAGAAAAAAUGUGACUUCAGCAUCGCUUAACUCCUACAGAGUCAAUGUUAAAGGAAGAGAUGGGGAUAUAUAGAUUAUUUUUCCCCACUGAAGCAAGGAGGAAUGUUAAUUGCAGUUGGGAUUCUGUGAACUUUGAAGCAAUGAUUUCAUUCGAAUCAUGAAGCUGGGGGACAAAGAAAAAGCUGUUAACGUUACAAAUAGGUAGAAAAUAUUUUGGGCUGGGUUGGGAGGGAGAUAGAUUUCUAAAGUCUCCCGUAAGGCAUCUGUAGCAAGUUCUUAGUGUCUUUCUUUCAGUGAUCUAUAUGUAAAUGCUGCACCGAUGUAUAUUAUGCACAUAAAAACAUUUCUUUGAAUAAGAUAGGACAGACCUCAUCUCCAGUCAGGUAUAAACUAUUCUUCUUCUUUUGUGUGUUGGUUUUUCUCUGUGUGUAUGUGUGUGUGUGUGUGUGUGUGUGUAUACCUGUAUGCGAUGAGCAUCUUUUCAAAUUCACUUUUGGUGCAAAAACAAAAGGGAUGAAAAAGAAAAGAAAGAAAAAAUAGCCUUACUUUUAAUUCCAAUCCUAUCUUAGUUUGUCAACUUGAAUAUAAUAAAGCAGAAUUGCAUGAAAGUCUUUGAAACUAGCUGAGCCUCGUGUGCACGGUGAGUGGCAGUAAACUUUUUUCUAAACAAAAAAUUAGUAUGCAAUUUCAGCCACAUAGCUUUUAGAAAAAUCCCUGCAUUUUGUUUGUUUGGGUUUUUUUUGGUUUGUUUUUUUAAAGAAUGGCGCGCGGGGGGGUUGAUUAUACCAGCUUGUGCCUGCUUUGCCUUCUGAAAAACUUGGGAAUUUGUUCCCACUCACUCACCCUUCAUGCUGACCAGAAGAGAAAUUUCAUAAAGAACCUUACAUUGUUGUUUGUUUGUUUUUUAAUGAAACCAAUGUUUUCCAGAUGGUAGUAAGACCUUAGAUAACCUCUUUGGACAUCAGGUUUACUGACAGUAUAGAUUAACAGCAUGUUUAGUUAUUGGAGAUAAUAUCAUGGGAGGGGGGUGGUUAGGGAGGAAAAUAAGGAUAAAUAAUAUCAGCAGAUGUUUCAGAUUAUCUGCUUUCCAAGGUAAUGCCUUAGGGUUGCAUCCUGUUUGGCCUGUAUAAAUGAUUACUACAUUUUAGAUACACUUGCAUUUUGCACUUCUAUCAGCAGUAGGGAAAAGACCAAAAAAUCACUGGAAGCGUGGAAAUUACUCUAGUUCAGGGCUGUUAAACUCGCAGCCCAUAGGCCAGAUGCCUCACAAGUUUGACAGCCCUGCUCUCUGGUCUUUUGACCUGCAUGGUGGAUAUAUGAAUCUAUUGUGUAAUUUUUGUCCCAGGCAUUUGGUUGCAGCACUGUAAAUCUGGGAUCCCUUCUGUCAACUUGAUUAUGAAGAUCAAGAAAAAGGUUAGUUUCAAGUCCUGCCUCUUUAAGGUUUGUCAAUGUACAGCUGUCCCCUCUAAAUUUACUAUUCUUAACAGCAGUCCUCUAUGAUUGUUCAUCUUUAAUUUAGGAAAUGCAAGUAGCCUGGAUAUUUGGGGGAGGGGAAAAAAUAAAUGGAAUGGCCUCACAGAAACAAAAGUUUCAGACUUGAGAACAAGCCUAGGUUCUUACAUUCUGGUAAUUUAUUUGGUAUCUGAAAUUUGCACUAAUCGAUUAAAGAUCCCUUAAGCAAAAUUGGAAAUAGAGGCAUUAACCAGCAGAGCACACUUUGAGAGAUGCGAAGUUGGAGAUAAAAGAUCAAAACCAAAGGGAAAAUUGGUACUGUGGGUUCUUGGAAUUUGACACAGAGAAGACUUCCAUAUUGUGUUGGGCAUCUUGUAGACAAUAUUGAGUAGUUUGGGUUCACUUUUUAGAAUCCCGCAGUAUACCAAAGUAAACUCUUUUUAUACUGACAAAAAACAGAGGCCAGUGAAGGAAUUAGCUUUUAAAAUGAGAGAACUAGAAAAGACCAUUAUCAAAGGUAAUAUUUGGAAGCAUAGCUUUAUGGACUAAAAGUGACUAGGGCAUUAUUGGAUUGUGUUAGUUGCCAGUUAUUAAUAUUUUGAAAGGCAUUUUUCGUUGAUCCACUUGAAGAUAUUUAUUGAAAUGGCUGCUGAUAGUUUUGUAUGCAUGUCCUUACUUGAAUGUUUUGGAAAAAUAAUAGUGAAAGGAAGUUCCUGGAAUGCAAUUGCAGUUAACCUAGGUGUUACGUCAGCGUCUCUGGCUUGCUGACAUUGGAGUAGGGAAGGAGUAAGACCGAGGGAAAUGCAUUUGAAGGCAGCCUGCUGGCAUUUCUCCAAUUCCUUUCCUUGCUUCUCCUCUAUCUUGAGAUUACUCUUUUGGCACUAUCAAACUGACUUCUGAUUCUUUUAGAAAGGGAGAAUGUUAAUCCAGGCAGCUAGAUUUAAAAGUAGAAAUUGAAACAUAUAUUGUAUUGAAAGAAUACUCUUAAAAAUGUUAACCAUUCCAGACGCCUUAGCUACCUGACAUGAAUGUAGCUUGUUUACCUUAUGAGAAGAAGCACCUUACAAUGUUCUUCUAUCUUCCUUGUAGUGAAAAGGCUAAUUCAGCAUUGAUAGGUUACAUUCAAAGCCCAUUUUGGUAGGAAGGAUUGCACUGUAUAAGGGGAGUAUGAUGGUAUUUGGGUCAGGUCCUUCUCAAGUAUGAACUCUAAAUUGGCUACCCCAUCUCGAUUAUUGUUUUGCCUAACUUCACUUAACUCUUAUCCUUCAUCUCAUAAAGAAAAGCAGGCAGACGAUUUAGGAUUUAUUUUUAUUUCCCCUUCUCUCAAUUUUCUCUUGUAUACCAAGGUGACGGAUCUCUUGGGGUUUUCUUUCCUAAAGUGAGCAAUGCUUAGUCAUAAAGCCUUAUGAAGUAUGCCAGCUUAGUCCAUGUGAAAGUUGGAUGAUAUUGGAUCUCAGGUGGAGUGGGAUGAUGCAGGACGUUAAUUUAGCUUCUUCAAACCUAACAUUGCCUUCUUUCUGUUUCUGCAAUCCAUACAUAUUACUCUAGUACCUUAAAAAUUAGUUGCGGGUAUGGUGACUCCAUUCUUUGUAUGUUUGGUUCUGAGAUGUGUAAUCCCACUUUUCUGGGGUGGUUUUGAGAUUUAUAAUCCAACUUUUCUGGGGUGAGAACACCAGCUUUGGAAAAGCUGAACUAAAACAAAAUGUGUUAAUUCUUGCUAGGGUAGUUUUCUUUCUGCCCUGCUGUAAUAUGAUGCUAUGUUGUAUAGAUUCAGAGCUUUUAAAAUUGCACUAAAUAUGUAUGUGGCAAUUUCUGAUUUUUCACUUAAUUUCUCUUCCCCCCUCCCCCCCCCCCAAGAAAUCAAGCCGUUCCUUCUGUUAGUAGGGAAUGGUAUCAGUUAUUUGCCAUAUCUGUUAUUCUUUUUGGCUUUCUAAUGGCUCUUGCUUCCUUUCCCACUAAAGCAGCACUGUAUCGAACCUAAUGCUGAAUUCUUCAGUUUCAUUCAUUAUUAUUAUUUAAUCCUUGUGCUAGUUUAUUUUACAAAUUAAUAUUUCUCUCCCUCCGCCCCAUAUUUGCAAGUGAUUUCAAUGUAUAGGAACAGGGCUACAAUGCAAGACUUCAGUCCCAGGGCUUUGGGCCCUCCAGGCUUCUACCAAAACACAGAUGGAGGUUUAUAUUUACAAGUUUAUAUUUGCAAGCAGAAAUUGAGAAAUAGAGUUUCUCUCCUCCACCACCAGCCCUUCCCCAACUGCUAGCUUUUCACAUGGGAAAUGAGGAUACAAGCUAUAGCUGAGAUGUCACCCUCUCCUUUUCUGGCAGGAAGCUUAGGCCUUCCACAAGUGGUUUUUUUUUUUUUUCCCCAGAAGUAAUGGCUAAGUAGAACCUAAUUUUGUGCUGAAGAAUUGUAGAAAAGUGGGAAUUACUGGUCAUAUACCGCUGGCUAAAGCCGCCUGGCCCUUUUCUCCUCAGCACUUGGGCCUUUGAGGCUGAACUAAUUUGGAGUGAGAAUAGGGCCUCCUCCUGCUUCUCUUAAAUAUCCAUGUUCAUAGAAUAAAGCACAAACAGGGAAGGGUUUCUGUAGUAGAUUAAUUAGCAAAAGAAAUCGGCAAUAAAACUAGGCAAGUGCCCAAGCGCUUGCUUAAUAAAGAAAUGAGAAUUAUAAGCAGCCAGGCAACUUUCUAGGAUCCUAUAAACUAACACUAUCCUUAUAAUAGCACUCCCAAAAGUGAUGAUAAGAGCUACUAUCCUCAUAGUAGCAGUCUUAAUCACUUUUCAGACUUAUGUUGCAGUGAGAGUACACUUAGAAAAAGAACACCCGCUUUGACGAUUUGUUGAGAAUUUGUUGAGGCAAAUAUGCCCAACUAUAAGUGGAAGUGGCUUGAACUUUUCGCAAGUUUCAUUCUUUGUUCUUUUCACAAGAAUCUGUCAGAAGUUCGCCAGUUGCAUUCAUAUGUAAGAAGUAAUUGUGUUAUGCACCCGCCUUUAGACUGUUUACCUUCCAAAUUAAGAAAAGACAGGAGAAAUGUUAUAUUGGUGCUGAUUGGCUAAGACAGAGGUCUUUAAACUUGGUGGCUUUAAGACUUCGUGGACUUCAACUCCCAGAAUUCUGGGAUUGAAGUCUUAAAGCUGCCAAGUUUGAGGACCCCUGGGCUCAGAUGUGCUUAGGUAUUUUUAUGUUAAGAAUGCAAAUGCACCUCUCAAAGAAAUAGCUUCAUAACAUUAUUUUUCCACUACUACUUAUCCAAGUCCCAUCUUAGCAUCUUCCAGAUAUUCUGGGUGCCAGCAUUCAUCAUCCUCACCCAGUGUGGCCAUUGGCCCACAGACCAGAAAUUAGAGAGUUGGUGCAAGAAAUUUAGAGGGCACCAACAUAGAGAGAAGACUAUCAUCUUGUGUAAAUUUCAGAUCUAAGCCCCUUCUUUAAUUAAUGUUAUGGUGAGGGAUGUAUAGAGUAGCUCAUAUUCCCCACCUCCCCCAAAAAAGGUAGAGGACUCCUAAACUUCCUAAAGUCUAAUAUGAAUGCUAGAACUUUCAAACCCACUCAGGUGUGAGAAAACAGUAUGUCCUGCAUGUUGCUCAGAGGGAAUAAGUUACAUCAAUGAGACCUGCAGAUUGUCCUUAAUUUUUCUCCCCCCCACUUCCCCCCCCCUCCAGCAGUCUAUUUUGAAUCUAGGAUAGGGAGACCAUGUUGACAAUCUAACUAGAGUGUGCCUGCCUUUGUUUUCUUGAAGUAGAACUGUGGACAUAACUAUUAUUACUUUUAGCAUUCCUGUUGCAUGUUUGUUUUGAAUUACUGGGUCAUGCCUUCUCUGCAAUUUGGAAGUCAUGAACUGGGGUGAAAUUGGAAGCUCGGGCGGUUUUCCUUUGAAGACCUGGAAGAGUUGCUUUCUUUUCCUCCCGUUGGGUUCAUGACAGACGCAACGCACGCCCUUGUAACAGCCAACCUGCUGGGUCUUUUUUUUUACUAGUCGUGGGCUUGUCUUAUAGCAAUACUUGUUGGCUGUGAGCUUGCGGGCAACUUAAAAAGUUACCUUUGCUUGAAAUAGAUUUCUUCUUUGGGAGCAGCAAUAAAGGGGAUAGUAGGAGGGGAGGGAGAAUAAAACUGAUUGCUGUGUUGAGGGUUUGUAGUCCAUUCUUAUAGUUUGUACUAUUGGGUGUUUCGUGUUCUGUUUUAUUUAAAAAAGAAUUGGGGGGGAGGGUGCAUUAUAAUGAUAAAUAGAAGGAUUUCUAAGUAUUGUGAUAAGAUUCUUUAUAAGCACUGAUUUUCAGCCCCAAUGGGAGCUUUCUGCUUGAAAGCUUCGAUGACCUUUGAUCUCUCAUGUACUGUACCUUCCCCAUAGUUGUCCUCGUUGCUUUUACCAGUUCUUUCCUUCUCCCUUGGUUUCUUUACCCCGAGAUGCACAAAUGGUAUGUACCUUUUAAGGGGGCACCCUAAUUGUGUUGGGUUUUUUUUGUUGUUGUUGUCUCUGUAAGGUAGAUGCAGCCAAUAUUUUGUGACCGUGUUUGUUAGGGGUGACUUAGACGAUAUAGUCUUUCUGCAUGAGCCGCAAACUGUGCUUCUCUCCCCACCCCCUACUCUGUCUUCUCUUCCCAGCCGUAGCUGCAAGUAUGCAACAAGAGUCGGGGAGGAAAGUGUGAGGGCAUUGCACACAUUUUACACUUUCCUUGUUUUAGCUAGGGAGGGAAUACACACGUGUAUUUUCCAGCCUGUCUUCUAAGGAUUGACAAAGAUAUCUUAACUGUCAGUGCUAACUUUUAGCAGAUUGUGGAAAUAAUGGUGCAAUUGUUUCAGGGUGGUUUUAAUCAGCAGAAGAUCAGGUCAGGCGUAUACAUACAUACAUACAUACAUACAUACAUACACACACACACACACACACACACACACACACACACACACACGUUCAUAUAUAUUCUUGUAUAAAUAAUAUAAAAUCUUAAAAUAUGAAUUCACUCAAACACCCUUUUGCCUAGCUCCUUUUUCUUGGCCGCUGAGCACUUCUCAGUUUCUUGCAUUUCAGUCUGGGACCAAAAAACUUUAUAACGUAGGUAGCCCAUAAUAGCUAGGAGAACCACAAUAUACCGUCAAAGGAAAUCUUGUCACAUCCACUGAAAAUGGAGACAGAGCACUAAAGCAGCCUUUUCCAACUGCUGCUGGCUAGAUGUGCUAGAUUUUAACUUGCCCAUCCCUUCGGCUGUGCUGGUUUGGGCACUGUGGAAGUUGAAGACCGACCAGCUAAAGCUCAAAGGUGGGAAGGGGUGCCCUACAGUAUUUUUUUCCCCCCUGCUUAACCUGUAACUGCUGCGUAUAAGUGGAAGGCUUUUUGUCUUCCGUGUUGAAUCAUUUGGUCCAAAGGCAUUCAGAGAAGAGUGUAUAUUCUGACACCACGUCAGUUUAAGCAUUCUGUUAGCUUUAUCUGCACAUUUGGGGCAAGGUUUUUAAACCUUGGUUAGCAUUACCAUAGUAUUUUCUCUUGAUUGCAUGGAAGCCAGUGUGCUUCUCAUUUUGGCUUCGGCAUCAGUUCUUAAGGGAACUGAGAGGGAAAUUGCACCAAUUUAGAAGUUGUUUUACUAGAAUUUUUCCUUUUCCUUUUUGUCUGUUACAGCCAGCUGCAGGAAGGCAGGAGCCUUGAGGAGCCCUUGGCUCUACAAUAAAAAUGGUUCUCGUCCUCCUUUGAUUAAGCUCUCUGCAUCUGUGGUCAGACCUGUAGUUUCUGUCUACAGCAGGUCAAGGAUUUCCACUUAAUCUGUGUCAAAAAAAAAACUGAUUUGGAGAAGAGGAAUGGAUCUUAGCAUUUCCCUUUAAAGUUGCUUGCCCUUCGUGCAAGCACUUCACAUUGUGUGCAUGGGUAUUUGCAUGCAGAGUCUUCAUAUGUAUUCAUGACAGGUGGUGUUAAGAUUGGCUAAAGUGGUAAAGUCAAAUCUUCUUUUAAUUCUUUCAUAUUUAAAAUUAAGAGUUUUAGGGUCCCUCUGAUAAAUAAAACAUUUAGUUCUAGAAGGAACUCUGGGAAGUGAGCUUCCAUGACAAGAGUUUUCUGAAACAAAAUCAUCCUUUGUUACCUUUACCACUUUAGGUGCGAUCUGAAUUAAUUCUAAUCCGCAUAAGUUUUAUAUUUGGGAUAUUUUAUCUCCCAUUCCUUCUCCUCCUGCCAGGGUGGGAAAGCUCUGAAGGAUGAUAGAGAUGCCUGUACUAUAUUAAAAAGGAUGGGUGUCUUGAUAGGGAAGUCAGUCUAUAUUUCAACAGUUUGGUUAGGGUAUGGAGAAAGAAAGAAUGGGUCUUCUUACCUAAUUCUUACAGUAAAAACCUGAGCAAAUCAGGGCACACAAAACCCCUUCUUGCUGUUAAGAUGCUUCACAUCUUAAAACACCAGGCAAGGAGGGAAAAUCUAUGGGGUGGGAAAUCUGUGUUUCCCAUGAAACCUUUAAUGAGCAUUAAUGUGGGAGGAGGAACGGAAGGCAGUUCUUAAAUCAGCACCUCAUAUUUACUGUACCUGUUUUGUAUUUGGUCUUUUGUAUUUAAUAGGGUAGAAUGGGAUUGGGAAAUAUUGUGUUUUCACCUUCAGAGCACUGAAUCUACAACCUGCUGAUCAAGACCAGCAUGCAACCAUGUUGACCUCCUCUGAGGCAGGGGCCUUAAUUGGGAUGGUUUAGUUAAGCAGAUAUUUUUAAAUUAGAUGCCUCUUUGUGUGUGUGUGUGUGUGUGUGUAGGUGUGUGUGUGUGUUUGUGUAUGUGCAGGCGCGCAUACGUAUGUACGUAUGAGUGUGUGUAUAUGUUGUAAUAGGUGAGUGAAGAUGGGAGUAUUGUUCGAAUGGUAAUAUUUUGGGUUUGGGGAUGAAUGAUGGGUUAGUGGAACAAGAAUGGAAGUGCUGCCUGUGAAGCAUCGCCCUUCUCCAUUGCUUGUACCUUUGGAACCAUAAUGAUUGUGUGGAAGUUUAACUUUGCCCCCUUAUCUUGGUAGUUUUGGAAAGCUUGGACCAAUGUUUAGAAGAGAUUAUUAAAAAAAUAAGCAUUCAAAUCAGCUCACAGGCUUGCCUUCUUACUUGCAGACACAUGAUCUUCCUUCAAACACUGGUUUAAAGCACAAAUAUAUAUAUAUAUAUAUGCAGGUUUUUGUAUGUUCGGGUCUUUUCCCGUGUAAGAUUGGCAACGUUUCGAUGAGAUCUCACUCAUCAUCUUCAGGCUUUGGCUUUGUUCUUAUGUGACCAAAGCCUGAAGAUGAUGAGUGAGAUCUCAUCGAAACGUUGCCUAAAUACUUCCAAUCUUACACGGGAAAAGACCCGAACAUACCAAAAGCUGCAUACAUAUACCCGUGAAAACCUACGAAAACAAAUAUAUAUAUAUAUAUAUAUAUAUAUAAGAAGGGGGUUGUUUGGUUACAGGGCAGGAGUUGCCAAGGUCAGUUCACAUUCCCCAAAGUCUGCUUUUAAGCCCAAUGCAAAGGAAGUUCCUGAUACGCAGUCAGAGUGUUGCUCUUUUGAGAUUGAUUGGCAAUCUCCCUUUCUUAUAGAUCUCCUUGCCCUCGUUUUUUCCACUGGAAGCAGUCCCUUCAAGGAUAUUUUUUUUUACAAAGUAAUUAUGUUUCCCUCAAGAGCAGAGGUCUUCAAACUUGGCAGCUUUAAACUUGUGGACUUCAACUCCCAGAAUUGAAGUCCACAAGUCUUAAAGCUGCCAAGUUUGAAGACCUCUGCUCAAGAGUUUUAUUCUUAGAUAAGGCAGGUCUAUCAAACCAACCAUCAACUAUUCUUCCUUUUCUUCCCACCCUGACCCCAGCCUGGUUGUUCCAUGAAAUGAAAACAUGUUAAAGAGAUCUUAUGUAAAAUCAUAUUGAAUAACAAUGCAGUGAGGUAUCACAAGCCAUCCAUCCCCCUUUCUACACAUCUCAGUCUUGCGCACAGUGUGGAAGCCACCUUGUAUAAGCCCUUUACAUGAAUUCAGUGAAUGGUUAACUUUUUUUUUUUUUGUCUCAGAUGAUAUAUAUGCAUUUUCAAAAUUACUGCAUUACCUUGGGGGGGCGGGGAGGUUGGGGAAAAAGGGUUAACAGGAACUUAAAACUAAAAUUAAAAAAAAAACAAAGCAUUCAGACUUGAUCUAUUUUCUACAAUGUAUGCUGCGACCAGGUCCUGUUAUUCAUAUUGUGGCUUUGAAUCAAUUAUGUUGAUUAAAAUGCUGUUGCUUCUA